UUUUUGCCUUCUCUGCUAUUAUAGUCUGAGUGUCAGAAUUUGGUGUAUUGUACUUCUGUCUUUUCUAAAUUCUGCUUGUUCUUCAGACAGAUGGGUCUCCAGUUGUUGCUUGAGUCUGUGCAGUAGCACGAUUAGCAGUACUUUUCCUGUGUGGUUGAUGAGGGAGAUCGUUCGGUAAUUCGCACAUUCGCUUAGAUCUUCUUUCUUUGUUAUUGGUACUAUAGGAUAGAUUUUUCCCAUUCUUCAGGAAUUGUACCUUCGUACCAUGCUCUUGUAUAGUUCGUGAAUUUAUCGUACUAGUGCUUCAUCUCCAGCCUGUAGCAUUUCUGCUGCAAUUCCAUCUGAUCCUGGACUUUUGUUCUUUUUCAGUGUGCGUAUUGCUUCUUCUACUUCGGAGUACAGGAUGUAUAUUUUGUAUUGCUCCAUUAUAAUUAGAAUUCAAACUGUAACGGAAAAAUAUUUAGGUCGCGUAAAUAUUCUUCAAAUAACUAUCGAGAUACAGUAAAAUGCAAAAGUCUUUGCCCUCAGUAUUUCAGCUAUUUAUUAGAGAAGAAAUGAUGAAUAUAAAAACUAAAUAUAUACAAAGAUAAGGCAUAGUACAAUCCCAGGUCGAACAGUCCGGCCUGGAAACGGCCGGUUUCGAGUAGUUCCGUUGAUUUUGUGGAAGCAGUAUUCCGGUUGGAAAGUUUUGGAUUUUUUCCGGUGAUUUCCGAUCAAUUCCUGCCGGAAAGCACUGGAACUUGGCAGGAAUUCGCCGGAAAAGUCCGGCCGUAUUUUUGACCGGAAUACUGCUUCCAUAUUCCAGCGAUUUCCCGCGUUUUCCUGCAGGAUAUGGUGACUUUCCCGCAUAUUCCCUGGAGUAUCCUACGGGAUCCGGUGGCCGGAAUGUUCGACCUGGGUAGAAGUGAACUCGACUCAACGGCCUUUCUACUGCUCUAAUACUAUCCAAUACUGCCGCUCUUAUACUGCUCACUAUUUCACGUAGAACGCGAGUUUAUAUACUAGAGAGAGAGAGAGAAGAUACAUAGAGACAGAAAGAUAUACGUAUAGGGAGAAAAUGAUAUAGAAAAAGAAAAGGAUAAAGGGAACGAUUACGUAUUGUUCAGUGGGUGAUUAUGUGUCGUCAUAUACAAGGAUGUCAAUUAGUUCUAUGACUUAUGAGCGGACGUCCAGUGGUUCAUAUAACCCCUAUCUAAUCUCGUCCUUUACGAGGGACGUACUUAGUGGCAUACAAACAUAUUCUAGAUUGCAAGAAAUGUGUGCGAUUUUCUAAAUAGGAAAUUGUAACGAAAUAUUUUGUUUUUGGUCGGUACUUAUUCGUAGAUAAAUCAAUGAGUUAAAAUAUAACGUUACGAAUUCACUGAUGUUUAUUUUAAUAAUAAGAUGAAUACACACACUGAACAAUAAACUGGUAUAAAUGAGAUAAAUUGAGCGUUGAGACGUAAAUUAUAAAAAGAAUGAUUGUGAUACAACAGUUCCACGGUAAUGAUCCCUAUCUUUCGUUUGACAUGUCUAGCUACGUAACUACUGUUUCUAAUCUUCUAAGUAUUCUCCUUCUUGUUACUACCCUAACUAAAAAAUGUCCGCCCACACCCACCAAUUUCUCGUCCUUUUAUAUAUUCGCUCUUUUCCCUUUCUCGAUUUCAUUUUCUAUUCCCCCUACUUGUUGAAAAAGGGAAGUGCGCGUUAUAUAACGAGUGACCACUCUCAUGUCAAUGCAUAUAUCUAUCCAUAAUUAUACACCCAUAUAUAGAUUACUUUGGUGAUUGGUAUGAGCUUAUGUGAUCAACUAAGUUUAUAUUCUCUCCGAGGGCAUCUUGAUAAUUUUCCGCGAACAUUCUGAUUUGGUGUGAAAUCUCCAGGUAAUUCCUCGGCAACUGUUGUAAUAUUUAAGUGCGCUCGCCUACUACUCUAAUUAUCAUUCUCAUGAACAAAAAAGGGAAUUCUAUAAAAAGGAAACGCAAUUCUGUGAAUAAGGAAGGAUGUGCAUGCCUAUACCAAAAAUGGGAUGUGUGAUUUUCUGAAUAUCUGAAACGGUAAAUUAAUGGCACAGAAAUGAUCUAAUUACUUAGAUUUAAGAGAGAACAAAAAAGAUUCUAGCAAAGAUAUUUUUUGAUCAUAGGAAAUAGGGGUGUCACAUUUUAAUUUAUAAUAAAUAAAAUUUUUUUUCAAAUGAAAAGUUAAAUUUAACUAAAUUGAAAUUAAUUAAAUUUUGAAAACUAGUAGAUAAACAUAGUUCUUGACUUGAUUGCUACUAUUUAAAGUCAAAUUUGAAUAUGUUUCCUGUUUUCUAAAGUUAAAACUAUAGUCAUUCUUCUACGAAUUUUGUUAUUAAAUAUAUUUUUAUGAGCAUCCCGGUGUUUUUAAAGAAGAAAAGUGACGGAUCCUGCAUAAUCUGUAGAGUAGUUUUGACUAUUCUGAACAAAUAUUAACCUAAAAUACUAGGUUUUCCUCUCAUUUAGUAUGUACUACUGUUAAAGUCACAUAUUUUCCUCGUAGCAAUGAUGAGUAUCCAUCCAAACAAUUUAUUUAAUUUAAAAUUAACUUUUCACGAAGUUAAAUUUAAAUAAAAUUAACUGUAAAUUGACACCCUCAAGAUAGGAAAAUAAUACAACGUACGCAUAAUAAGCUCAUAUAAGAAAUAAAUCAUUAUAUAAUUAUUAUAUGUUCAUAGAAAAUAUAGACUCAAAAAUACAAAGCAAAAGAUAAAAUGUCUAUAUAGAACUAGUUUGAUGCAAAAAAUCUCAUUUUCAACAUAACAAGAGCAUUAGAGAGAACUAUAUUGUUUCUAUAGAAUAAUCUUCCAGAAUAGAAAAAAAACUUAUUCUGAGGAAUUUCUAGAAAUAGAAAGAAUAAUCUAUUCAAAGAAUUUUACCUCGAUACUUUCGAAAUUAUUUCAUAUAUGCUAGCUAUACUCUAGAAAGAUCUCCUUUUAUUCUUACGCUUUCUCUUGUAGUUAAUAUUCCUGCUAAUGCUACGUGGGCACAGAACGGAGUGACUAUUGCUGGAGGUAACGGAAGAGGGGGUGCCACUAAUCAACUCUACAAACCUGUUGGUCUCUUCGUUGAUGAUGAUCAAACAGUGGUUAUUGUUGAGAACGGGAAUCAUCGCAUCAUGCAAUGGAAGAACGGUGAUACAAUGAACGGACAAGUCGUUGCUGGUGGUGAAGGCGUAGGAUAUGGAUUACAUCAAUUGUAUUGGCCAACUGAUGUAUUAAUUGACAAAGAGACGGAUAGUCUCAUUAUUUGUGAUUUUGGGAAUCGACGAGUUGUACGAUGGCCUCGUCGUAGUGGUACAACACAAGGUGAGAUACUCAUCGACAAAAUCCAAUGUUGGGGAUUAGCAAUGGAUGAACGGAGAUAUCUCUACGUCUCUGACGUCGAAAAACAUGAAGUAAGACGAUAUAAAUUGGGUGAGAAGAGUUACACUCUCGUAGCUGGUGGUAAUGGAGAAGGUAAUGGACUCAAUCAACUCAACUGGCUGACAUAUCUCUUUGUCGAUCGAGAUCAUUCAGUGUACGUAUCAGACAACAACAAUCAUCGUGUAAUGAAAUGGAAUAAAGGUGCAAAAGAAGGUAUUGUGGUCGCUGGAGGACAAGGCAAAGGGGGUGCUGUGACACAAUUGUAUUAUGCUAAUGGAAUCUUCGUUGAUACGUUGGGUACACUCUAUGUAGCAGACCAGGGGAAUAAUCGUGUAAUGCGUUGGACUCAAGGAGCAAAAGAAGGCACUGUAAUUGUGGGUGGAAAUGGUUUAGGACAAGGAGCAAAUAAAUUCAACAUCCCCCAUGGUUUGUCUUUCGAUCGACAUGGUAAUCUCUAUGUCGCCGAUGAGCAUAAUCAUCGUGUUCAACGAUUUUCUAUCGAAUGA